UUUUACUUAUCUUCUCCAGAGGAUGAUGAGCUGCUGAUUCGGUUUUGACGGGAUUUAAGAAUGAAUGCCAUCUAAUCUCAAUUUCUUGGUCUUAUGAUUGACUUUUUGGUGUGGAUCUCUUACCGCUCUAGUGAAACGAUCUUCUGCCUUUUAUACCGAACCAUGAAUAGUAGUUUGAGGCUAUAAUUCUCCGUUUCCUUCCCACUUAGGGAGUCUGAAUCCGGCCACGACACUAACUCGAAGAAGGCUGCAUGACAAAAUUUGAGAUUUUCAUAUAUUAUUUAAAGCGUCUCACUACGUUGCAUCCUAUAUGAGUGUUCGAUACGUGCUACAUAUGUGUUUCGUAGCCUUAGAUUAUCGUUCAAUCUCUGUUUGAAGUUUUCCUUCUUUCUCCGAAUGUUAUGUGGGUCCGUUCUUGUGUUAUCAUGAAUGGCUUCUAAAUCAUCUAUGAUUCUAACUCAUAGAAGGAUAAAAAUAAGAUAGAAUAAUUUUAAUGUAAUUCUUUUACUAUGACAGUCAAAAUCAUGGUCCAAUUUUUGGUUGUCAUUUUUAUCCUCCAACAGAUUUAUCUGAAGAAAUAUUUUAACUUCUAUAUCCUUUUUUAUUCAUGUUACUAUUAAAUAUUUUCUCCUUGUCAUUUAUAGAUCGGCGGAGCCUACUGGUUCAAAACACAGGAUUUUGCGUAAAUUGAUUUCGCUCCCCUUCCUGUUAAAAUACCUAGCUUCUAGUUUGCACAUUCCACGUCAUAUCGACCAUUAUAAUGCUAAUGGCAUCCAACAGGGGUCAAGGUGGAAUUCAACAGUUGUUGGCUGCAGAGCAUGAAGCACGGCAGAUUGUGAAUGCAGCUAAGAAUGAAAAAUUGGCUAGGCUGAAGCAGGCCAAGGAAGAGGCGGAAAAGGAGAUUUCUGAAUAUCGAGGUCAGGUGGAGUACGAGUUCCAAAAGAAAUUGGCAGAGAGUAGUGGAGAUUCUGGUGCCAAUGUGAAGCGGCUUGAGCAAGAGACUGAAUCAAAGAUCAGUCACCUCAAGACAGAGGCUGAGAGAAUAUCUCAGGAUGUUGUUUCUAUGCUCCUCAAGCAUGUAACUACCGUGAGAAAUUAAGGUCCUUGAUGGUGUAUUAAUGCUCAAUCGAUACCAAUCAUUAUUUUUGAAUUUAUUGUUGAUUUUAGAUUGUCUGCUACGUAAUAAGAUUCCUGCUUUGCUGGAAUGUUGUAACAAAAAUAAUCUGAGGCUUGUUGAACCAAUCAAUUUGUUGGCAUGCACAUUUCAUAAAAUUCCUUGUUGCCUUACGAGCUGGAAUGCAGUUGUAUUUUCUGUGAAA